AUGGCUCCGCCUCUCAGACCAAUCUUACCGCUGUCGUCACCGUGCUGCUCAGUUCGCCAUGAGGAGCCCUGUGAUGAUGUUGGGAACAGUCCCAGUCCGAGGAAGAGGCGCAAGGCUAUCGACGUCGCUUGCGAACGAUGUCGCACCAAAAAGAGUGCCGUCAGUGCCCUCCUACCUGCCUCAAGACAUGCGCAGUGCACAUAUCGAUCCAGCAAGCAGAAAGUCGAGGAAUACGAGACCGAGAUUGAAGCUUUGCAGUGCAAGCUCCGGCAUCAUGAAGAACUCGUGAAACGCCUAAGAGCCUUGCCAGAGGACGAGGCCGUCGAAUCGCUCCGUUGUCUGCGUUCCAUGUCCGACAGCGCCGGCUUGCCCUCCCUCAGCCCCCGUACACCCUCACCCUCACUGUUGGCUGUGCCUCAGAAAUUGGCACCAUCUACAUACCUUGACCUUGAAUCCGACUUCGAUCUGAGAAGUCCUUAUUUAUCGACAUGUCCUGAUCCACUCGGCGGUUCUUUGAAUAUUCAAGCGGCCUCGCCAUCCUCACCCGAUUUGUCUUCAUGUGAAACCAGCAUCACGCAGAAAAGCUCUACCGCAGUUGACUCAAAGUCACCGCAGAUACAUCCUCCACAAGUAAAUACACAAAUAGUGGACGUGAUACGCGACGCCCCUCACGCCGAGGUAAAUGCCAUGCUCCAUUGCGAUCCUCGCUUGACCGACUUGGACGUCACAUACUGGACCAACGUCCCGAUGAGCAAUAUCUUCGCUGCCGCCAUGUUGACGGCAUACAUACAAUGGCACCACCCAUUUUCUGCAAUGUUUGACGAAAACCUCUUUCUCGAUGAUCUCGUUCACCAUCGCCACCAGUUUUGCUCCUCGUUCCUUGUUGCUGCGGUACUGUUAACAGCUUGCCAACAGGACGCUGCAUUCAAUGCAAGGUCCUUCGAGUAUAUCCCAGAUUUGGCCUUUGAGUGCGAAAUGUCGUGGCGGUCAGAACGACAUCAACCAUCCUCGCUAACAUUAGCCGCUUCGCAGCUCUUCACGAGUAGCUGCACACUGCGAGGACAGAACUCACUCCUCAUGGAGCUGCUUUCGGACGAAAAUCACGCGGCUGCCAUGUUUGAAUCAAGCAACCAUGAUGCAUAGCCAAACAUACUUGACGCCGCCGCCAAGUAUCGAUCACUGGGCGAAAGUCCCAAAUCCUAAGCUGCAUGAGAGGGCGCAGCUACAACAGCAUAGCUGGUGAGGUCUGGAAAGCCUUGCAACGCACUCAGCUUCCUCUUCAGAUCCACCGUUUUUCUAAGAACGAAAUUGUAUUCAAAGGCUCAAAAAGCUAAAAAUAUCAAGAUUAA